ACAACAGAGAACACAUCCCAAAAUCUCCUCACUCCUCUCCUCUUGUUAUAUUCCUUUCCAUUUCUCUUCUUCUUCUUCUUCACUCUCUCUUCUCUCUUUAUUAUUAUUAUUAUUUAUUUUAUUUAUUAAUUUUCCUUACCCUCCACAAUUAACAUGGGAACGUUCUUUUUCAUCUUCUUCUUCCGUUCUUUUCUCUUUCUUCUACUUUCUUCUUCUGUCUCAUCAUCCUCCAGAGUUUUUCCUAUUAUACCCUUCGAUGAAGGCUAUUCACCUUUGUUUGGAGACCAUAACUUGAUCAUUCAUUCUGAUUCCCAAACUGUUCAUCUCUCUCUUGAUGAGUCUUCAGGCUCUGGAUUUGCUUCUCAUGAUAUUUACCUUCAUGGGUAUUUCAGUGCUUCCAUUAAAUUACCUUCUGAUUACACUGCUGGAGUUGUUGUUGCAUUCUAUUUAUCAAAUGGUGACAUGUAUGAGAAGAACCAUGAUGAAAUAGACUUUGAAUUUUUGGGAAACAUAAGAGGCAAAGAUUGGAGGAUUCAAACCAAUAUUUAUGGAAAUGGAAGUACAAACAUUGGAAGAGAAGAAAGAUAUGGUCUAUGGUUUGAUCCUUCUGAGGAUGUUCAUCACUACAGCAUUCUCUGGACAGAUUCUAAGAUCAUAUUUUAUGUAGACGAAGUUCCUAUAAGAGAAAUCAAGAGAACAGAAUCAAUGGGAGGAGAUUUCCCCUCAAAACCAAUGACAUUGUAUUCAACCAUAUGGGAUGCAUCUACUUGGGCAACCAAUGGAGGAAAAUACAAAGUAAACUACAAAUAUGCACCUUUUGUUGCUGAAUUCUCAGACUUUGUCCUACAUGGUUGCGCAGUUGAUCCUAUUGAACAUGUGACUAACUGCGACAACAGUCUUCAAACUUCCGAAACACUUCCUUCUUCUGAUGUAACACAUGUCGAAAAAAUCAGAAUGGACAACUUUAGGUUAAAGCACAUGACAUAUUCUUACUGUUACGACAAAACCAGAUACAAAGUCCCUCUACCCGAGUGCGUGAUCGAUUCGCGACAAGCCGAAAAACUAAGAAAAUUCGAUCCCGUCACAUUCGGUAACGGAAGGCACCGCCGUGGAAAACGACACCACCACAUAUCAAAAGAAGCCGCCUCAUUUUAGCGCGUGUUUAGUUUGACAAAAUCACGACGACACUAUGAAAUCCGAUUUUGUCAUAAAAGAAAAAUGUUUUAAUCAUCUCUUUUGCAUUUCAUUUUGGUGUAUAGAGAGAGAUAAGAGACGAUUGAACAUAGAAAUCAUGAUGAUGAUAAUAAUAAUUAUAUGAAUGAUUAUUGCUGGUGGAUUAAUAUUA